AUGUCCGACAAAUCGUCUUCGUCUUCUUCUUCUUCGCCUGCAUCCUCCGACAUCGAGGUGGAUGAGCCCGUGGAUGUGCAGGCUUGCGUCGCCGAGGCUACCUCGCUGAAGGAGCAGGGCAAUGCCGCGUUCAAAGCGGCCGACUACGACACGGCCGCCGAGGCAUAUCAGAAAGCCGUUGAUCGCCUCCGCAAGUUGCCGUCCGACGUGACGGAGCACGACGGCAUGAAGAGCGUCCUGUACUCCAACCUGAGUGCGUCUUACCUCGGCAUGGCCAACCACGAGAAGGCCAUAUCCGCGGCUGAGGACGCGCUGAGAUGGGACCCGGGGAACAAGAAGGCCCAGUACCGCCGCGCCCUGGCAAGGUUCAACUUCGGUUACCUCGACGAGGCGAAGAGCGAGUGCCAGGCGAUGAUCGCCGAGGACUCCGGCAACAGCAACGCGCGUAUGCUGCUGGCUAAGAUCGUCGAGCGCCAGAAGCACCUCCGCGAGCAGCAGAAGAAGGCGUUCGGCGGCCUGUUCAACAAGACUGGCGGGCUGUACGUGGACCGCACGGAGGAGAUGCAGCAGCGCAAGCAGCGCCGCUUCGAGGACUUCAAUCGCGAGCGCCGCGAAAAGGGCGAGGAUGAGCUCGACUUCGAGGCGUGGGAGCGCAAGGAGGAGGAGGAAGAGCAGAAGCGCGAAGCCGAGCGCAUCGAGAAGGUGAAGGCCGAGGAGGAGAAAAAGCGCAACGAGGCCAAUGGCGACGAUAAGAAGCGCAACGGCGCGCAAGCUCCCGAGGAGCCCAAGAGUCCCACCGCUGCUUCGGCCGCCGCCAAGAAGCCGAAGCAGGAGGAGUCCGACAUGGACGAGGAGGACCAGAAGAUCAUCCAGGAGACUAAAAAGAUGGGCUACUGCUAUUUCGGCAAAAACAAGCCCGAGGGCAACCUUACCAGCAGCAGGGUGCCUCAGAAGAUAGAGACGGACGCAUCGUCGACGGACACGGUGUCGCGUUCGCUUUCGUCGUGGAACUCCAAGGGCACCACCUACGAGGAGAAAGAUAUGUCAUCGUGGUGUCGCAAGGCGAUCAGCGACAGCCUGAAGGCCGCCCGCUACGAGAACGACCCGUCGCUGCGCGACCCCAGCGUCAACGUCAUGGAGAUGCUGAGCAACAUAAACAUCGACAAGCUUGAGGACUCUGCGAACCUGGAGAAGUUGGAGAAGCUGGCGAUGAUGAUCCACAAGAGCAGCAUCAGGGUCACCUCUGUGGCCGACCUCGAGUGUGAUGCGCAGAUCGCGCUGAUCAGGGCCACUCGCCGCUACAUGUUCGACUUCAGCUGCGCGCUGAAGUUCGAGGCGUCGAUUGACACCGCGUUCGGUUCCGGCUACUCGAGCGACGACGAGUCGAAGGCUUCCGUUUACCGCGGUACGCUCUUGCUGACCGAGAUUUCUAGCGCCAUGGAAAAGGGCAAGACCUACAGCGACUACAUGCGCGUGUCCUUCGAGGACGAGCCUAAGCCCGAGCACGCGGAGCUGAUGCGCUGCAUGAUGGACAAGUUCAAGACUUCCGUGUGCGAGCGUAUCGACGCUUUCCUGGAUGCGUACCAGCAGCAGUGA